UUUUCUCGCGAUGCUGCUCGUUUCAGUGUCGACUCGUCACUUUCACAAGGUUGGUGGGUCGACUUUUUAGAGAUAAAGAGAAUUGAAAUAAGUAGAAUAUGAAUAAAGGUGACGAAGAUGCAUUGAGGAGCAGGAGUAAGGUUAGCCUACAGUGACGAGAUUACAAACGGCAUCAGCUACAGCUUUCGCAACUUCGUCAUAGAUUCAUAUUUGAAAUUCAAUUGAUGAAUUUAAUUAAAAAAAACGAUGAUAUUUAUUUUAUGUUGUUUGAAAGAGAGAUGAUAAAGGGUCACUUAUUCUUUCAUCUCCCACUAGCGGAAGAGAUGUCGGGUCACAUAUUUUUUUCGAAAUUUUAUAAGGCUAGGCCGGCGCUUAUAAGACGAGAGCACGAGGACAACAAAACUCAUUUUCGUGGGGACAUCUCAUCAGCGCAACUCUUUUUUCCACGGGCUCGCAGCUGUUGUGCAAAUUGAUAUUGGUUGACUUAAAGUGUUGUCGUGGUACAACUAGUAGUAGGGCUGGAGGUGUUCUUGUUGUUCUUCUUGUUUUCAUCUUUUUCAACUUCUACAUGGGACUCGAAUGGUGUAGUGUUCUUGGAUCCUUCUUCAACUGCAAGGGAUUCUCCUACAAGGGAGUCUCGUUCUCCUGUAGCGAUCCCGGAAUAAUAUCAUGAAAAAAAGCCCUUUCCUCUUCACUCAGUCCGAGUUUAUGGGAAAGGGGUCCUAAAAAAAAAAGCAACGAACUUCUGAGUAGAAGUGAGUAGAAUAAGGGGAUGCUGAAGUGAAAUAUAAAGAAGGCGGGAAACGACGGGGGAGGGUGGUUUAUUCAAUUUCAAAAGUUUGCAGAGAAAUGGGGGAAAAUCUUCUGCUUCACCAUGCUCGGUGGCUUGGAUCAAAGUAGUCCGCAGUCGAGUAUGUUCAGCACUUAUCGUUCCAUCUCUUCAAGAACAGCACUUAUUGAAUAUGUG